UCUAUCUGUAGAGAUAUGGAUCGGAGACGAACUGGAAGCCCGAUACAUUCCAGGCAAAGAAGUGGCGGGUCUAGCAGCAGUGGUUCGUCUUCUCCAGCAAUGUCACCUGCUCACCACCACUCUUGGUCGACGUCGGUGACGGGGCUUUCCAACAUUAAAAGAACUCAGAACGUCGCAGCAAAAGCUGCUGCGCAGCGGCUCGCGCAGGUCAUGGCAUCGCAGACCGCUGAUGACGACGACGAAGACGAUGACUUAGGCUUCCGAUACAGUGCUCCUCCUCCGUCAUUUUCCAGCACUGUUAACAACACUAUUCCUGCGAUAUCGUCCACUAGGCCAACUAGAUCCCCGUCGCCUGCGUUAGGUCGGAACUUUGUCGAGCAUACUCCUUCAGUUCGAUCUACGUCAGUUGGACGGCCAGCUGGUCGAUCUGCACAAUUGGUACCACCUAAUAAUACUAAAUCCUCACUGAGGACCCCAGCUUCCAUACCACCGAUGGAACCUCCUGCUAAUAGACAAAGAGAUAAUAGGUUUAUAUCAGAUAUGGGACAUCUUAACCUGAAAGAUACAGGUAAUCGGAGCGAUGCUUCAGCACUUCAGGACGAGCUUGAUAUGCUACAAGAAGAGAAUGAGAAUAUUCUUGAAAAGCUCCGUUUUACUGAAGAGAGGUGUGAGGAAGCUGAGGCCAGAGCUAGAGAGCUUGAGAAACAGGUUGCUGCUCUUGGGGAAGGCGUAUCUCUGGAAGCCAAAUUGUUGAGCAGAAAGGAAGCGGCACUGUAUCAAAGAGAGGCUGCUCUUAAAGCUGCGAAACAAUCUAAAGAUGGGAGAGAUGAAGAAAUUGCUGCUCUUCGGUCUCAAGUUGAGGGUGCCAAAGAUGAGGCUGCAGUCGCAGUGGAACAGCUUCGAGAAGCAGAAUCUGAAACAAAAGCUCUUCACUCGAUGACUCAAAGAAUGAUCUUGACUCAGGAAGAGAUGGAGGAAGUUGUACUUAAAAGAUGCUGGCUUGCUCGAUAUUGGGGUUUAGCUGUACGACAUGGUAUCUGUGCAGAUAUUACAGUGUCGAAAUAUGAACACUGGUCAUCAUUAGCACCUCUUCCAUUUGAGGUUGUCACCUCUGCAGGGCAAAAGGCAAAAGAAGAAUCUUGGAGCCAUGGGGAUGUUGAUCCUGAGAAAAGGAGUAAACUUGUUCGCGAUUUGAGUGAUCUAACUGGAGAAGCCAAUAUUGAGAGUAUGCUUUCAGUAGAGAUGGGGUUGAGGGAGCUGGCUUCCUUAAAGGUUGAGGAUGCUGUAGUGUUUGCAUUGGCCCAAUACCGGCGUUCAAAUUUGGUUCGACAAUCCAGCUCAGAUCCCAAAUCACCUGGCAAUCCAAAGUUUCUGGAGGCAUUUGAGUUAAGCCAAGAGGAGUCUGAGGAUGUUCUUUUCAAGGAGGCAUGGCUUUUAUAUUUCUGGAGACGAGCCAAAGUCCAUGGAGUUGAGGAAGAUAUUGCUGAUGAAAGACUCCGAUUCUGGAUCAGCCGUAGUGGCCAAUCACCUACUUCCCAUGAUGCUGUUGAUGCUGAGAAAGGCCUGUUGGAGCUGAGGAAGCUGGGGAUAGAGCAGCUAUUGUGGGAAGCAUCACGCAAGGAAAUCGAUCAAACCUCAUCUACCCCUGUACCCAAUUACAAGGCCUUUGCCAAUUCAGAAACAUCUUGACGAUUGACAGAUGCUGAGAUCUUCGUAUUUAAUCUUUGAAUCUUUCACCCUGAGGAUGGAGUGCCUGAUUGUGCAUCUUUCCUUUGUUUUUUUUUCCCCAGUCCCCUG